ACUUUGAACAUUUGGGCACCCGCGCUAGAGGACGCACUAGAGGGCGCCACAGAGGAUGCAUUCCGGAUAGAAAAACGAGACUGAGAAUCUUGCGUCCUAGUCAUCAAGCCUCCCAUCAAGCCUCCCAUCCUCCCCCACCAGCAAUCCAGCAUGAGCGCGCCGACGUCGAACGAGAAGCGGGUCGCAAUCAUAACCGGGGCCGCCGAAGGCAUCGGACGAGGCAUUGCGCUUCGGCUUGCCAAGGACGGCUACGAGUUGGGCCUGUUCGAUCUGCCCAGGUCGAAAGACCGGCUAGAGGAACUCGCGAACACGUUGCGGAGCGAGCACAAGACGCGGGUCGCGACCGUCUUCGGGGACGUCUCCAAGGAAGAGGACGUGAAGCGGCUGGUCGACACGGUCGUGCAGGAGCUUGGGUCGCUCUACGCGAUCGUCGCGAACGCGGGUGUGGCGAUCAAUCGUGUCCUGCAUGAGACGCCCACCGAGGAACUCGACCGACUGCUCAACAUCAACGUCAAGGGAGUGUGGUUCUCGUACAAGUAUGCCGCGAUCCAGCUCAUCAAGCAAGGCAAGGGCGGGCGCAUCAUCGGCGCGGCGUCCAUUGCCGGCAAGAGAGGACUCCCGCAGCACUCCGCGUACUGCGCGACGAAGUUCGCCGUCCGGGGUCUGACCCAAGCCGCCGCACUGGACUACGGCCAGUACGGAAUCACGGUGAACGCUUAUGCCCCUGGUACCAUCGAUACCCCGCUCCUCCAGGAGAUUGACGACUAUCACAACAAAGUUGGCGGACAGCCCAAGGGCGCGUGGAAGAGCACGUUCCAGAACUCGCUUGGACGGAUCGGGCAGCCUAGUGAAAUUGCCGGUCUCGUGUCUUUCCUUGUGUCCGACGAUUCGUCCUAUGUCACCGGGCAAACUUAUAUCGCAGAUGGAGGGAUACACUUUGACUGAGAGCGGAUGAAUGGGCUGUAAUAAGAAUCUGCGUCUGUAUGUUAGUAAACGUGUUGAAAUGGACGGGACGAAACUGG